UGCAUUAUUCCAUGCGCAUUGACCCACAUGCCACUCUCUCAUGUACGUGUGACAUCAAUUAGUCCAUUGGUGCAGGACCAAAACAAUCAAUCGACAAGCGGCUUCUACACCGUCUCUUCUACACCGCGGCCCCAAGCCUGAAUGGCCGCAGUCUCUGCUCAAUCCUCUCCCAAUGUUGCUUCAGUCAUGCCCGAGCCCACUCCUCAGCUGAAGGGUCUCAAAAAGGUCCUGUCGAACAGGCGACGUUCCGCGGACAUCCCCAGCGACGAGAAUAUACGGGAUUUGCGCACCAACUCGAUUGAUUCCUUGACUAUUGAGAAGUCCCCUACGAGACGGUCUAUCAGUCAGGAUGGGAGCAGCAAAUCAGGAAGCAGUGGCAUGCGUAAGCUGUUGCCUGGACACAGCAAGCGAAAGAGGAGGAAACUGCACGAAGAAGAAGUCAAGGCUGUUACACAGGAACUUGCAAGAGGUCGAACAGGGACUGGACUAAACCCAGAGACACCGUCGAAUCCGUCUAGCCGGCGAUCCAGCAAUCUGGUCCCGGCCGAAGGUGAUACGAGCCUGCUCACAGAUGACGAGGAGAUCGAAACACCACCUUUCAUAUCGAGAGAGUCACACAUCGGUUACCUGACCAUGUCAUCGCCUUUAGUCACGACAAACAACACACGCAGUGAUGACCAGCCCGUGCAGAAUAUUCCGCCAGCUCCUUCUCUGAACAACAUCCCGACUCUGAUAGAACCGGGUCAGACCGUUGAUUCGCCUUCUCCCAAGAGUCAGGAUGUAGCUGAGCCGAAUAUGCUAGCGUCCAACCCUGGAUUGACCGACCUAGCAGACACCUUGGGGCCGAGGUCUCGCACCAACAGUAUCAGCAGCAGAAUUCGUGGAAAAUCGCCGGCCAGGAAAUUUCGGGAUGUCUUUUCCAAAUCAAACAAGAGUCCGAAAGUGAGCCCCGAGAGAAGAUCGACCGACUUGCUUACUGGGAUCUCGAGCCCGUUGAGCAGCCAAAGUCUUGUCACAGAGGAUGCGGAACCCAAAGAUUCAAAGCCUACAGAGGAACCUCCAUUUGUUGAGCCGAUCGUAAACCCACCUAUGAACCAGUCUAUGCCGAACUUAGACAUCAAAGAACGACCCUUUACACCGCCAGCGGCUAUCAUAAAUACUCCCGUAACCACAGUCACUCCGCCAACUCUAACACAGCCGAAUACAGAGUUUGAUGACGCCUCUGGAUCUCCCGAACAGGGGAAACCUGCCACUGAGGGUUCCCGGAUCGUUGUGAGUCACUCAGGGAAUAUGAUAUCCCAUCGGAGGAUAAGGUCCACCUCAUCGAUUACCCAUCAACCAAGUAAAUUGUCCACUUCGACUACAGCCCCGUUGACGCCUACGUCUGAGUCUCCGGUUAGUAGCGCCCAAAUUCCAGGCAUGCGUACGCCUAGCGGGAGUCUGUUUUCUUCUUGGGUGUCGGCUGCACAGAAUGCUGCCAAUACCAUCACCAACCAAAUCGCACAGACAAGAGCCAGAGCAGGGACAGAUGCCUCCAACAGCUCCCAAAAGCAAAAGCCUCAUGAGGAUCCAAUCAAAGAAGAGGAGGAGUCCAGCGAGGUGGAUUCUCCGCGGAAGCAACUCGCAAUCGAGACCAUGGGAACUGGGGAUCUCAAUUUUGAACAUUUGGGUUUGAAUGCCGAGGAGAAGGCCGCAUCCGCUGUCCGGCCAGACCUGACAGAACUGCGAAAGGACUCGACGAUGGAACACGAUGUGGCAGCCGCUAAAGAAGAAGACGUCCUUGCAAAGCGCGCCGUUUCGGCUGCGUAUGAGAAACUAUCCGAUACAGCAACACCGGUAGCAGAGAUCGCUGAUCCUCUCAACAGCAUAAAACCUUCACAAGCGUUUCCGGGCCAGACCAAUGGUGAUAAGACGCCUCCAAAUGAUAGUAUAUUCGAUGGUGAAGGCGGUACGGUCAAGAGGAGCAACAGCGUUCGCAGCAAGCUUGCUAACGCUAAGAGACGAUCUCGGGGAUCAUCAGCUGCCACAGGUCAGUCUGCGAUAGGUGCUAUGCUAGUAGCUAGCACUGCGGCAUUGGCAAAUCCUGCGAAAGGACCCCGUCUGUCAGGGUUCACAGUGGCUCCCAAACAACGAAACCGCAAUUUUCAUCAGCAAUUUCGGAGUGUUCCCGAGGACGAUUAUCUCAUUGAGGAUUACAGUUGUGCUUUACAGAAGGAGAUCUUGGUGGCCGGCAGAAUCUACAUUUCUGAAGGCCAUAUAUGCUUUUCUAGCAAUAUUCUUGGUUGGAUCACGACACUCGUCAUCUCGUUCGAAGAAGUGGUCAGCAUAGAGCGCGAAAGUACGGCCAUGGUGUUCCCGAAUGCCAUCGCCAUCCAGACACUUCACGCACGCCACACGUUUCGCAGUUUGCUGUAUCGCGAACAGACAUAUGAUUUGCUCAUCGGUAUCUGGCGCGUCAGUCAUCCGGCAAGCUUCCAAAAGAGUAUGAAUGGCAGGCAAUUGGCGGCCGAAGGAACCCCUACUGUCGACGCUGCAGCAGAGAACGGCGCAAGUGGCCAGGGCAGCGACGUUAGCAGCAGCGAUGAUUCUGACUCCGACGACGACAACGAGAGUGCACCAAGCCUUGCCGACAGCAGUCCCAGUCACGCUAGCAGUGACUUCGCCGACGGCAAAACAGUGUCCAGGAAACCAUCAGCCAUGAACGCACCCGCUGUUGCUCAGGCGGCUGGUAUCCUUGCUGGGACGGCUAGUGACGUUCCGCCGCCUAUUGCUGUUCAAGGGGGUCUUCCAGAGGUAGCCAAGGACUUCCCUGGCCCAGCUACUCAUGCUCCAACCGAGUGCACUGAUAGUGCGACACACUAUGACAAAAUCUGUAAAGACGAGGUCAUACCUGCACCAUUAGGCCAGAUAUAUUCAUUGCUAUACGGCCCUGAGUCGGGACUAUUUGUUCGAAAGUUCUUGGUCGACGAAUGCAAGUGUUUAGACCUUGUACUUGAGGACGACAAGAAGGGGUUGAACAACGACAACAAGAGCCGACAAUAUACAUAUAUCAAGCCACUUGGAGGGAGCAUUGGCCCCAAGCAGACUAAAUGUAUAACAACCGAGACACUCGACUUUUUCGACCUUGAGAAAGCAGUAACAGUCAGUUGCGCCACCCAGACACCAGAUGUACCCAGCGGCAGUGCUUUUAGUGUGAAGACCCGCUACUGUCUUACAUGGGCUCCAGGGAACGCCACUAGAUUCCAGAUGAACUGCACAAUCGAAUGGACCGCCAAGUCGUGGCUGAAGGGACCAAUUGAAAAGGGUGCGAACGACGGUCAACUGCAGUAUGGUGACAGCUUGGUUAAGAUCCUCAAGAGCGCUGUCAGCGGACGUCCUCGUGGCACAACUGGUGCAAGCAAGACAUCCAAGACCGCCACAAAAAAGAAGCGCAAGGGCGAGAAGAAGUCAAAGGAGGGUGUCGUCGCCAAAGGCAACAAACAAGCCGAGAAUUGGGGCCUAUUGGAGCCGUUGAGAGGCCCUCUCCAGCCCGUUACAGACAUUCUGAGACCAGUCUUGACAAUGCAAGUUGUUGUUGGAGUACUGACCUUCAUGGUCGUGCUGCUUUGGUUGCGUGGUCCGGCUCGAGGCACACAACUGGGUCCAUACAGCGGCUUGUCUCAUUCCAAGCGCAUUGCGGCGUAUGACUCCAUAUGGGCUGAAGAGCAAACCGAAUUUUGGGAUUGGCUGGAGGCUCGCGCGAGCGUGGACACGGUCAUGUUGCGACCAAAGUCUGGGGCUUCGACCGGAACAUCGAAGGCUGAUGCCAAGAGUGCUGCCAAACAGAUUCAGAAAAGGAAACAACGGAGCAAAGCAGUCAAUGAUGUCGAAGCCAAGAUGCGAGAGGAGAAAGUCGGCCAAAGGGAGAUGGAGGAUGCUAUCAAGAUUACACGCGAAAGAUUACAGGUCUUGGAGGGUGUGAUGGAGAAGCAGAAGCAUGCAAAGAGCAAGUCAAAGUGAAGUAAGAGGAUCAAGCUGUCAUAGAGCUACAUGGGGCUGUAAGCCCAAGGCAUGUGUUCGUUGCUAAACACAACAAUGGGUGACAUGACUGUCUGCACGAAUUUUGGAUAUCUAUCAGCGGAUGAAUUUGUUCG